GGCCCGGUCAGUUUUGGGAGGUUCCCUUUGACCGGUGGCCGUCAGUGUGUUGCCAACUAUCGUGUUGUGUGGAGGCCUCCCCCAGUUUAUUGGAUCGAAGCCCUACAGGGAAAUGAAAGUGGUGAUAAUCACCAUCGGUCUAUGCGUGCUUACUGCCAGCACCUUUGGGCUACGAUGUGCCCCAUGUGUAGAAUCUGAAAGUAGAUGUCCAAAUUCUGCCAAACCAGAGGACUGCCCGUAUGGUAUAGUCACCGACAUAUGCAACUGUUGCUUUGUGUGUGGUCAGGGUCCUGGUGACAAAUGCGGAGGCUUCUGGAACGUCGACGGAAAAUGCGGCACCGGCCUCGAGUGCGUCUCUCCCGAGGCGGACAUGUGGGGAUUCGAGGGAUUGUGUAAAGCAGUCGAAGGAGCCUCUGCGAGUGAGGAGUGCUCCACAAUAGACCCAAGCGCCAAUAUAGUAGAGCCAACAGAGGGGACAACCACAACUCUAAAGGAGCCUUUGAUUAUUCGGGCCAUGAAGCAAUAAAGAGUGGAUCGCCUAUGACGAAGCAGCAUGUUUCAGACGGCAAAAUGGAGCAAUAUAGCCUACGGAAGAGACAUUUCCUCGGUUUGAACCAGCGACAACUUUCCAUACAAGAGGCUCUUACUGGACACUUUUCAGAGAAAGUUUUGGGAUUUUGUUGUAUAGACCUCAAAGACGGCUAUUUCAGGCCCAUUCGGGAAGGAACUAAAAUACGUACAUGAGAUGUGUAACUUUGCUCGUAAGGGAAGUAUAGGGUGCAUCAAUGAUUGGAUUAUCUAUGACAGAAUUACGUGAAAAGUUAAUCAGUCGGUGGGACUCAGAGAUACGGCCUUAGCUGCAAUUAUACAUUGAUCAGAACCGUUGGCAAAUAAUCAGAUUUUGAAAUUUCAACCACAACUCGUUAUUAGAUAUCCGACUGUUUUAGAUUAUAUAUAUAUAUAUAUAUAUAUAUAUAUAUAUAUAUAUAUAUACAUAUAUCUUUAUAAAGCGCUGUUUUUUAAAGUAGAAAUAAUAGUGGUUUAAAUGAUAGGAUGUUAAUUCAAAGUUCAAUUAAACAAAACAGUAACUGAUGUUAUCUGAGGUCCUCUGUAUUUUAUGUUAAUAUCUCAACAAACACGCCAAACCGGAUAUAAUUAAAACCUGGACGCAAAAGGACAGAUACUGGAAAGUCUCAUUAUUGUCUGUCGGCAAAUGAUGAAUUACGGACCAUUAAUUUAUGGAAUAUCUGUAGAUAUCGGCGUUUCGUGAUUUGAAUUUCAACCCUGGUUGUUCUUUCGUUCAGAUUAAUCUAUGUCAGGGGUCGCCAACCUUUCACGCUUGAAGAGCCAUUUAUUCAGAGAAUCUUAAAAAUAUUGAACUGUCAGAGCAGUAACGACAAAAAUAUUUAAAUAUUUUAGCUUAGAAACUACUUACAUCUCAUUGAAAAGUCAAUGAAAUGGAUAUCUAAACUAUACUUUUAAAAUUAAAUAAAACUAAGCCGAAUAAUGUUACGUAAUUUCUUAGUUUUGAAUGGAUUAAAAGAAAUUUGUUCAGCGUUUGGAGCCGCACAAGUUCUUGAAAGAGCCGCAGGUUGGCGACCCCUGGUCUAUGUGAUGAAAAACUUUAAUUCGUCAAUUAUAUAAUGGUAAACAGUACCACAAGAAGCCACUUAGGAUUUGCAGGUGGGAUUCAGAUAUGCGUCACACAUUGUCUGCAGAAUUCGAGGUCAUACAGUAUAUUCUGUCCCAAGUGGGUGACUGAAGGUCACAGAGUGUGAUACUGAGAGAAAAUUAAUUCAUAUUUUUUUUUUCAUCAGUAACAAACAGGUUUCUAUUGGCGGCGUCUGUCAACCAGAAAGUGGGUAAGAAUUACUUGGAAAAGCAAUAAGAAAAAAAUAUCCGCUAACUUGGAGUUCUGAGAAUUGACCAAUCUGUAGAUUUUUUAUAUGUGGGGAGGGGAGGAGAGGAUGAGGGGUGGGGGGGGGGGGGGAAACCCAGGGUUGGUGGUGGAGGAGGUUGCCAACACACCUAUUUUUUUUAUAUAUAUUAUGACGUCUCACCAUCGGGCAUAAUGGUUUUCUGUGAUGUUUUAUAUUUGACUUUUUUUAGACCUUCUCCCACAACUCCUUCGGUAGAUUUUCCUUCUGUCCACAAACGUUCAAUACUAUCAGGCUUCCUCUCCGAACUGAGCGCGUGCCAAGUCUCACGAGAGCAAACAAAUCUGAAUACCAUUUCCGUGGCAUGAUAGUCAUUGACAUUAGAUUGUGUAAUCUAGUUAGCCAAAGCUGGUAGCAUUCUAUUUUAUGUCUUAGGUUGCAUUAGGUUAUAUUAACUUUAUCUGUGUGUAUAUAUCAGAUAAAAAAAAUCUUUGUCUUGUACAUGCGGAAUAAAUUAUAUUCUAUGAUAACUCAUCUUGUUUCUGUGAUUGACAACUUUCAUUAGUUUAUCCU